AUGUCGCAAAUCGAAGUUGACCACGACGGCAAUGAGCACCAGGCCAAGUUCUGGGACUGGCCCCUCCAUGGUGGAGAUGGAGUCAUUCGAGUUCACGACGACGGCACCGGUUUUGAGGUCGGCCUCGACGCCAAAUACUUCACCGAGAAGGAGAUUACGGUGAAAGUGAUCGGAGAUCGGCUGGAAAUCGACUUUGAGCACGAGCAGCGCACUGACAAAUUCGGCUCCAUCACCAGGAAGAUUAGCCGCUGCUACCACCUCCCAGCCGGCGUCGACGCGAGUCGAUCCAAGUCUCACCUUUCGCAGGGAAUCCUCUACAUCCGUGGCAACAAGCAA